GUGGGUUGAACGCCAGGAUGCAGAUUUUCGUCAAAACCCUCACGGGGAAGACCAUAACCCUCGAGGUUGAACCUUCAGAUACUAUCGAAAAUGUCAAGGCCAAAAUCCAAGACAAAGAGGGGAUCCCUCCAGAUCAACAGAGGUUGAUCUUCGCUGGAAAGCAGUUGGAAGAUGGACGCACUCUGUCCGACUAUAACAUCCAGAAGGAGUCCACCCUGCACUUGGUGUUGAGGCUGCGUGGUGGUGCUAAGAAGAGGAAGAAGAAGUCUUACACCACCCCCAAGAAGAACAAGCACAAGAGGAAGAAGGUCAAGCUCGCUGUGCUCAAGUACUACAAGGUGGACGAGAACGGUAAAAUCCACCGACUGAGGCGCGAGUGUCCCGCCGACGAGUGCGGCGCUGGUGUUUUCAUGGCGAGCCACUUCGACCGUCACUACUGUGGCAAGUGCUGCCUCACCUACUGCUUCAACAAGCCUGAGGACAAAUAGACCAACUGACUGGUGUUAAUAAAGAUGGCAAUGUUUUGACCCAACUGAC